AUGUCGUCCCACGGCAACGCGGACGCCAACUCGGCAGCAUCGACCAGUCCCGCCUCCUCUGACUCUCAGCAGAAGCCCAAGAGGGCCAGGACUAGCAAACCGAAAGUCAAGACGGGAUGUAACAAUUGCAAGUACUGCGUCCGUUCGAAGAAGAUCUGCACCGGCUACCCGCCUCCCAGCCGCAGCGCAAGACCUCAUGAGGUCCUCGCCAUCGCCCCGAAACCCUUGGCUGCUGCCCAGGACAGCGUCGUACCCCCGCGAGCGUCCACGAUCGAGGGAUUGCCUCCCAGAAGGCAACAAAAGAUACAGGCUCGCCGUCUAACGCCCCCGCAAACCCCGAGUGGUUCCUCCAUCGUUACCCUGUAUCGGCCCGCGGGCAACCUUCAACUGACCCCGCAGGAAGGCCUUUAUUUCCAACUCUUCCGCUCCCACACUGCAAACGAGCUCUCCGGCUACUUUGACUCGGUUUUCUGGACUCGGACGGUCUUGCAGGAAUGCCAUUCCGAAAACGCCAUUCGGCACGCCGUUGUUGCACUUGGGGCCCUCUAUAAGACCCUGGAGCAGUCAUGCGAGUCUCCGCCGGGCUCGCCGUCCGAAGUCAUGAGCCCCAUGGACGGAGCAUACCGACAUUGGGAAGUGGCGGUAAAACAGUACUCGGAAGCCAUCAACGCACUUGUCCAGCUCCACCGAGACCAGAAGUCACACCGGACUCUGCUCAUGGCCAGUGUGCUUCUGGCCUGCUUCGAUUCCUUCGUCGGCGAUCACAGACAGGCGAUACGGCAGAUCCAAACCGGCCUCGGCUUAUUAGAAAAGCUCAGGGCCGAGAGGAGAAGGUCGUUUGUACCCGUUCCCGAGGAACCCGUCGAAGAGGAGCUCGUUACUAUGUUCACCAGACUCGCUAUCCAGGCCAAGUCGUACGACAUGGCCUUCCAUUUCCCCGAGCCUUAUGUGAUUCGGCUGACCCCGCAAACUCCCGAGCUUCCUCAGUCGCCACCCUCGGACGCCGGCAGCUCACCCUCGUCGAUGAGCUCAAUCUCGGUGCCUGACCAGUUCUCCAACUUGAUGGAGGCCCGCAUCGCCUGGGACAGGCUGCUUGAAAAAAUGCUUCGCUUCACGGAGACUUUGUUCGUCUAUCAGAAGUCGACGGGCGCGAACGGCCCGAUGGGAAUUCUCCCGAGGUCGCUCAAGCAAUACGGCAUGAGCUUCAAGGGACAGCUGGACGCGUGGUCAGAAGCCUUUGACUACCUCCUCGAGUCUCGCACGGCCCCGGGUGUCAGUUAUCAGGAGAAAGCGGGCAUUGCGGUCCUCAAGAUGUUCCAGAUUAUGAGCCAAAUCCUGUUCCUCAUGACAUACAGCGACAGCGAGUCACAGUUCGACGUGUUCCAGUCUCACUUCAAGGCCAUCGUGGACCUUGCUUCCGAGGUGGUGGGUGACGAGGAGAGGCGCGCAGCGGCCAAGAGGUGCCCCGAUCCCAGCCAGUGCCCCCACCGCCACAACCAUAGCCCGGACAUCUUUGGUGGCCAUGAGUACAACACUUAUCACAUUAAGCCAAGCUUCAGUGCCGAUCUGGGAAUUGUACCGCCCCUGUUCGUCGUUGCGACCAAGUGCCGACAUCCCGUUAUUCGACGACAGGCCAUUCAGCUUCUCAGGAGCAGCGCUCGCCGGGAGGGCAUGUGGGAUAGCGAGCUCACGGCACGCAUCGGGCAGUGGGUUGCGGCGAUCGAGGAAGAGGAGGAUAGAUCGGCGCCGUCGCCUGACCCACGGUCCAGCGCUACGAACGGCAACGCGAGAAAGGGGUCGGUGGAUUUCGGCGAAGGCACCCCUCUGGGACCUGGUGGCAACGCUCGUUGGGAUGUGCGAAGGGACAGCGCCAUCCCAGGCCUCGCCAAAUCGAAACGGUCCGUUCCCGAGGAAAAACGCGUCAUGGUUCGAGCGGUGGACUUCGAUCUCAGAGCUAGGUUCGCCAACCUGCAGGUUGGCACUCGGGGUAUCAUCACUGGCAUGCCAGACAUGCGGUCUAGGGUCACCCAGAUAACAUGGUAG